UGUUGACGUCCGUACAUGUACAUCCCCAGACGGUCAUGUAAGCUGCACCGGAACCGUCCGCGUCAAAUAUCAGCCUGGGUAGACAGCAACGCGCUUUUCAAGAGAAUCCUCACUACACCCCGCUUGUUUCUGACCUAACACACAGUGUCCAACAUGAUGGGAAUGAUUCUCCAGCUCAGCCGUGGCCUGAGCCGUGCCGCACCUGUUCUCAGUCGGGGCGUCCAUUCUGGAACACAUCCUGCAUCCACUGCUGCCUCCAAACGGAGGGCAGAACGCCCGCUCACCUCAGAGGAAAUCUACGCCCGUGAGGACAAAUAUGGAGCACACAACUACCACCCCUUGCCUGUGGCAUUAGAGAGAGGAGAGGGCAUCCAUGUGUGGGAUGUGGAGGGCAGCCGGUAUUAUGACUUCCUCAGCGCUUACAGUGCAGUCAACCAGGGACACUGUCACCCCAAGAUCAUCGCUGCACUCAAAGCCCAGGCGUCUAAACUCACCCUGACAUCCAGAGCAUUCUACAAUGACGUGCUGGGAGCCUAUGAGGAGUACAUCACCAACUUGUUUGGCUAUGACAAAGUUCUACCCAUGAAUACAGGCGUUGAAGGUGGUGAGACCGCCUGCAAGCUCGCUCGCAAGUGGGCUUACAACGUAAAAGGGGUUCCCAAAAACAAGGCCAAAAUCAUUUUUGCAGAUGGGAACUUCUGGGGCCGCACCAUGGCAGCCAUUUCCAGCUCCACUGACCCCAGCAGCUAUGAAGGUUUUGGUCCCUACAUGCCAGGCUUUGAGCUGGUCCCAUACAACGACAUUCCUGCACUGGAGAAAGCCCUCCAAGACCCAAAUGUUGCAGCUUUCAUGGUGGAGCCCAUCCAGGGGGAAGCUGGUGUGGUGGUGCCUGACCAGGGCUACCUGACAAAAAUCAGAAAACUUUGCACAAAAUAUAAUGUAUUGUGGAUUGCUGAUGAGGUGCAGACAGGAUUGGCACGUACUGGUCGGCGGUUGGCUGUGGACCACGAGGAAGUUCGUCCAGAUCUGGUGAUCCUGGGCAAAGCUCUGUCUGGAGGAGUUUACCCUGUGUCUGCUGUGCUGUGUGAUGAUGAGAUCAUGUUGACCAUCAAGCCUGGAGAACACGGGUCCACGUAUGGAGGGAACCCUGUGGCCUGCCAGGUUGCUGUCGCUGCACUUCAGGUGCUGGAGGAGGAGAAGCUGGCAGAGAAUGCUCAAAAGAUGGGAGAACUGCUACGGGCUGAACUUCGUAAACUGCCCAAAGACAUUGUGAGAACAGUGAGAGGAAAAGGCCUCCUGAACGCAGUUGUCAUCAAUGAGACCAAAGACUAUGACGCCUGGAAGGUGUGCUUACGUCUUCGUGACAACGGACUCCUGGCUAAGCCCACCCAUGGCGACAUCAUCCGCCUGGCCCCUCCCCUCGUCAUCAAAGAGCACGAGCUGCGAGAAUGCAUCGACAUCAUCCAGAGGACCAUCCUGUCCUUCUAAACUACAACAUUUCAGCUAUUCAACAAUAUAAUCAUCAAACUAGAGAAAAGUCUCUCUAAACAUUUAUUAGUAGCUCUUAUUUUAAAAUGUUUGUUCACAGGAAGUGGGUGAUUUGAGGGAAUUUCUGUACAGUGUACAGAUAAUCUGAAUGGAGUGGGUUUCAAUGAGGAUACUUUUGUACAGAAAAACUGCUGUAAAGAAAAAGCGUUCUGUUAGAGUGCCUCAGGAAAGACUCCAGCACAGAAAAUAUCAUUUAAUUUACCACUGGUCGUAUGUGGCAUAGAUAAUAAAAAUGUUGUCUUUAGUGAAAUUUUUGCAGUUUUCAGAAAGGAGAAAUGUUUUUACGAAUGAAACUGGCAGUUUAAAGUUGCAAAGCUGUAUUUCAAUUUAUUUCAAUGAAGACAUACAGUUACAACUUCUACAGCACUUUAAUGCUGUUUACGCAGUUUAUUUUUGUACAGUUGGUCUACUGAACUAUUGCUGCCUGCUGGUAUAAACCCUGUGAAUCCACUGUCAAGUAAAAGGACAGACUAAUCUUGAGUGAAAUUUCUUAAAAUGAAUUAGAAGUUUUCAGAUUCCAUAAUUCCAAAAUUUCAUUUAAAAAAGCCCACAGUUGGACUGAUAUUUUGCAAUUCUGAAAGUUCAAGUAGUUCCCUUGUUCUAAUCUGAUGGACCAGACACUAUAUUUAGCUGUUUCACUGUAAUUUUACAUAACUUAUGAUGUGUGUUACAAUAGAAGAAAUGCUGUCAGACAAAUGUAUUCCUCAAGGAACUUAAAUUGUGAAGCAGUGAAGAUUAAUCUUUGCUUGUUACACUAUAUUUUGGUAUAUUCGACUGAAAAAAAGCUCUUUAAACAUGCUAUAUAACGAGUAAUUUUUCUUAGGCAUCAUGCUGCUUGCUGAGGCUGGUUUGGUUUAAAGUCUUUGCUGUAUGGAUUUAAAGAUUGUGUUCUCGCAAUAUCACCUUUCAAGUUGCUACAAAACCCAUUGUUCUUCAUAUAAAUUAAAAUUAAAAUUUCAGUCUUA